AUGGAUUCUUGGGCUUGCUCUUUGGACUAAAAAUCUUCUAUUCAGGAUUAUUCAAACUUGGAAGUUAAGCUUCACACUAUUUACAUUAUCUAUGAGCCUAGAUGGGAUUAUAGUUACAAGGACUUUUAUGAUUUUAAAGAAGCAGCCUUAAAUGGAUUUAACUAUGACAGAAAUUCGAAGCAAAUUCUAGAAGUCUCCUCAAAACACGGUGAUAUAUUACUUAAAUUUGACAUUCAUCAUGAAGGAAAGACAAAUAAUCUACUCAAGUUUGCAAUAUUACUCCCAAUGUUUGUAAAGAAUAACAAUUGUAUUAUAAUCUGGUUUGAUCUUACGAGCAGAUAGUCUUUCCAUCAAAUUGAUGAGAUUGUAAAGUGA